AUGGUGCAGAUGAUUAAUGACAUGGAUGAAUUGAAAGAGUUGUUAAGGGUUGCUGGGAGCAAGCUUGUGGUGGUGGAGUUCUCAGCAGCGUGGUGUGGCCCCUGUAAAAGGGUUGGCCCUGUUUUCCAGGCUAUGUCUUUAAAAUACCAAAACGUCAUGUUUGCUAAUGUGGACGUGGACUCCUCUCAGGAAUUGACUCAACUCUGUCACAUCAAAGCAGUACCCACAUUUCAGAUGUUCAAGCACACCCAGAAGGUCACUCUAUUCUCAAGACUCAAAAGAACAUUGUGCUGUCUCAGAAGUGGAAUGGAGGAUGGGAAGAUUUUUGAACUUCAUGGAGCAGAUGUUAAAAAGCUGGAAGAGAAGAUUCAAGAGCUGAUGUGA